CGGAGAGCUGUGAGGGGACGAAGCCGAGCGCCCGAAUUUACUUAAGAAAGCAAGGCAGCGUCUCUGUCAACACGAGGAAUGACAUCAGUACUCAGCCUUUGAUUGGCGCCACCUCUUUCUGUCUUUUGCCGCCACGUCUCUGAUACCAUGUUGUUCCCGUCCACCACCAGCAGUGGCAGCAGCAGGAUGAGCUCCGAUGGGGGAGGCAAGCCAGCGAAGGUGGGCUCCCUGGUGGAGGUGAUCGGCAAGGGGCAGCGCGGCACCGUGGCCUACAUCGGCACCACGCUGUUUGCCUCGGGGAAAUGGGUGGGGGUCAUCCUGGACGAGGCCAAGGGCAAGAAUGACGGCACCGUGCAGGGCAAGCGCUACUUCACCUGUGAGGAGAAUCGUGGGAUAUUUGUCAGACAGUCACAGAUCCAACUGGUUGAUGAUGGAGCAGACACAACAUCCCCGGAGACACCUGAGACAGCUACUGCCAAGGUUCCCAAACGAGAGAUCCCAGAGACGGCCAAGGCUACUAAACUGCCCAGCCGACCUGCAGGGGCCAGCGCCGCCUCCAAGGCGGCUGCCUCAGGGUCGGCAUCCGCCUCGGCCGGAGAGAUGAGCAGCAGUGAGCCCAGCACCCCGGCCCAGACCCCCCUGGCCCCCCCUGUUAUCCCCACCCUGCACUCUCCAGGGGUCCCUCCACCUCCUGUCCCCAGCAAGGAGGAGGAGGCACUGCGUGCCCAAGUGAAAGACCUGGAGGAGAAACUGGAGACACUGAGGAUGAAGCGGACUGAGGACAAGGCCAAGCUGAAGGAGCUGGAGAAACACAAGAUCCAGCUGGAGCAGCUCCAGGAGUGGAGGACCAAGAUGCAGGAGCAGCAGGCUGAGUUGCAGAAGCAACUCAAAGAGGCCAAGAAGGAGGCCAAAGAGGCCCUGGAGGCCAAGGAGCACUACAUGGAGGAGAUGGCUGACACAGCGGAUGCCAUAGAGAUGGCCACCCUGGACAAGGAGAUGGCAGAGGAGAGAGCAGAGUCUCUGCAGCAGGAGGCGGACUCCCUAAAGGAGAGGGUGGAUGAGCUCACCAUGGACCUGGAGAUCCUCAAACAUGAGAUCGAGGAGAAAGGCUCAGAUGGAGCUGCUUCUAGUUACCAUGUCAAGCAGCUGGAAGAACAAAAUGGCAGACUGAAGGAAGCGCUGGUCCGGAUGCGGGACCUGUCGGCAUCGGAAAAGCAGGAACAUGUGAAGUUGCAGAAGCAGAUGGAGAAGAAGAACGUGGAGCUGGACACGCUGAGGGGUCAGAGAGAGAAACUCCAGGAGGAAGUGAAGCUGGCGGAGAGGACCAUCGAUGAGCUCAAAGAACAGGUGGAUGCAGCCUUGGGGGCGGAGGAGAUGGUCGAGACCCUCACUGAGAGGAAUCUGGAUCUGGAGGAGAAGGUCAGGGAGCUUAGGGAGACCGUUGGAGACCUGGAAGCCAUCAAUGAGAUGAAUGAUGAGCUCCAGGAGAAUGCUAGGGAGACAGAGCUGGAGCUUAGGGAGAUGCUGGACCUUGGUGCGGCCCGGGUCCGUGAGGCAGAGAAACGGGUGGAGGCGGCCCAGGAGACUGUAGCUGACUAUCAACAAACCAUUAAGAAGUAUCGGGAGCUCACUGCUCAUCUGCAGGAUGUGAACAGAGAGCUGACCAGCCAGCAGGAAGCCUCAGCGGAGUUGCAGCAGCAGCCACCGGCGGAGAUGUUCGAUUUCAAGAUUAAGUUUGCUGAGACAAAGGCCUAUGCCAAGGCUAUUGAAAUGGAGCUGAGGAAGAUGGAGGUGAGCCAGGCUAGCAGGCAGGUGUCUCUCCUGACGUCGUUCAUGCCCGAGUCUUUCCUGCGACAUGGUGGCGACCACGACUGCAUCCUGGUGUUGCUGCUCAUCCCCAGGCUCAUCUGCAAGGCCGAGCUCAUCAGUAAGCAGGCCCAAGAGAAGUUUGACUUGAAUGAGAACUGUGUGGAGCGGACUGGACUGAAGGGAGCUGUUGGGGAGCAGCUUAGCUUCGCAGCAGGCCUGGUCUAUUCUCUCAGUCUGCUGCAGGCCACGCUCCACAAAUACGAGCAAGCACUAGGUCAGUGCAGCGUGGAGGUCUAUAAGAAGAUUGGGUCUUUGUACCCAGAGACGAGCGUCCACGAGCGCUCCCUGGACUUCCUCAUUGACCUCCUCCACAAAGACCAGCUAGACGAGACGGUCAAUGUGGAGCCCCUGACCAAGGCUAUCAAGUACUACCAGCACCUGUACAGUAUCCAUCUGGUGGAGCAGAGUGAGGACUGCACCAUGCAGCUGGCUGACCACAUCAGGUUUACCCAGAGUGCCUUGGACUGCAUGGCUGUUGAGGUUGGCCGCCUGCGGGCGUUCCUCCACACAGGCCAGGAAAAAGCAGACUUGGCGGUGCUCCUAAAGGACCUGGAGACUUCCUGCAGCGACAUCCGACAGUUCUGCAAAAAGAUCCGUCGCCGCAUGCCCGGAACCGACGUGCCUGGCAUCCCAGCAGCUCUUAACUUUGGACAACAGGUGUCAGACACACUGUCAGACUGCAGGAAGCACCUGACCUGGGUGGUGGCCGUGCUGCAGGAAGUGGCAGCCGCAGGAGCCCAGAUGAUCGCUCCUCUGGCCGAACAGGAGGGAUUGUCUGCCCUUAAGCUGGAAGACGUUGCCUUCAAAGCUGGAGAGCAGAUUUACGGUGCCCCGGGAGCCAACCCCUAUGAGUGCCUGCGGCAGUCCUGCAGCAUCGUCAUAGCAACCAUGAACAAGAUGGCCACUGCCAUGCAGGAGGGAGAGUAUGAUUCGGAGAGGCCUCAAAUCAAGAACCCACCGCCAGUGGAGCUGCGGGCGGCGGCCCUGCGAGCGGAGAUCACGGAUGCGGAGGGCCUGGGCCUAAAGCUGGAGGACCGAGAGACAGUCAUCAAGGAGCUGAAGAAGUCCCUCAAGAUAAAGGGAGAGGAGCUGAGCGAGGCAAACGUGCGGCUGUCUCUGCUGGAGAAGAAGCUGGACAGCUCGGCCAAAGACGCGGACGAGCGUGUGGAGAAGAUCCAGACGCGGCUGGAUGAAACCCAGACCUCGCUCAAAAAGAAAGAGAAGGAAUUUGAGGAGACUAUGGAUGCACUGCAGGCCGAUAUCGACCAGCUGGAGGCGGAGAAGGCGGAGUUGAAGCAGCGCAUCAACAGCCAAUCAAAGAUGACCAUGGACGGGCUGAGGGGAACGCCUCCAUCGGGCGUCGCGUCCAUCGUAACAGGAAUUACAGGAGCAGUGGGCGCUAUGUCCGGCAUGGCUUCAGGAUCCGGGAUGCAGGUGGUGGACUCUCCGCUGCUGACGCAGCAGAUCGACGCUCAGAGACUCUGCAUCAAACACCUGAAGAACGACAACAACAGACUCAAGGCAGAGAAGGUGCGUGCCCAGCUGGCAUCCCUGCCACCGCUGCACGUGGCCAAGCUGCCCUCCAGAGACAGGGGCCGGUCAGAAGUGCUCUCCAGCGCCCUGUACCGCAAGACCGACCAGCUGCUGGAGACCCUGCUGCAGAUGAGCGCCAACGUGAAGGUGGUGGACAUCACGGGGAAAUGUCCGGUUACCCCGAGUGCCCAGCUCCUGGAGCAGACUGCUAGACUUCAGUCUCUUAGCGACACCCUUGACAGACUGAAGGAUGAGGUAGCCGAGCACGUGGUUCACCAGCAGCCUGGAGCUCGAGUCCCCUCUGACUUCGCCACAUUCCCCUCCACCUCGUUUGUAAAGGCUAGGGAGGAGAAGCAGGGCGACACCGUGCUGGUGGGCCGGGUCAUGGUGCCAUGCCUGCGGGGCCAGGAGCAGGUCCACCGCCUGGUGCUGUCCCAGUCCCAGCUCCAGAGAGUGCACAGUCUGCUGCGGACCUAAACGCCCGCCUGCCUGCAUCGUCUGUUCUGCCUCCCCCUAUUUACCCACCCGCCACCUAUAUCCCUCCAUUAGCCUGUUCCCAACCCGGAGCCAAGCAGUAUAGCCCAUGUAGCCUCGUUUGUGUUUCAUAGGUCGACGCAGCAUAAUAGGCCUAAAGCGUAGGGUGUCUGUCCACGUUGCUCAUAUGUGUUUCACCGCCGCUGCUGUCGCUGCCACACACAAUGGUUCAUAACUGUGUCCAGUAUAAUCAGAUCUUGCUAUUGUGCCCUCCGUUUCGUAAUUUAUGCACUUAAAAGGGAAAAUAGAAGGAUUAUGGUCAAAGAAAGUUGCAUCAGUUCAUCUGGAUACCUGGGGGUAUAUACCUGGGGGUAUAUACCUGGAUACCUGGGGGUAUACACCUGCAGUCAGUUGAGGCUGAAGAGGUCACUUAGUUGAGUGAUGAAACGUUUCUGUCAAUAAACAUUGUGUCCAGAUGAACAUGAACUGAUUCAACCUUCUGUGAUUUUCUUACCUGGAUUAUCGAGCAUGCAUUAAGACACGAGGAUUAUGGAUUUUCAGAUUGAUUUGUCCAUACAGAAUAGUGGCAUUUUUGCACCAGUGGUUUGAUGAACAAAAUGGAAAAGACGGCGUCAGCCUUUGGACCACACAGGAGGACUUGCUAAUUAACCUCAAGGGAUUUAUGAAAAGGCAAUUAAGUAUUUUGUUUUCCGAGAUUGAUCUUGUUUAUUUAAAAGCAAACUGAUGUUACUUUGAAAGGUGUGCAUCAUAUAAAGCAUCACGGGAUUUAAAUUAUUUAGUAUUUAUGGCACACAUUUUCACAUGAUGUGAACUCCGGUGGGGCGUUGUUACCAUCUUCAGUUUACACGGCAGGUAUGGGCAGCAUGCCGGCUGUGUAAGCGAAUUGUAGAGUUAAGAGAAGUGGUAACACUUUCUAUGGAGCUUGCAUCUAUGACGCCCUUUAAGCAUCUAUAACGCCCUAUUAGUGUAGCUAUAAGUCAUUAUAAGAUUCAUUAUAACCAUGUAUACGCCCUCACAACACCUCAUAACCACCUUUAUGUCAACUUAAAAUCGAUUUAUGCGUUAUAAAUAUGUCAUCAUUAGCCUGUUUAUCUGUCAAAUGUCAUAAUGCUUCAUAGCCAACUUGUUUCGCUGAAGUUUUGUAGAGAUGUAUUAUGAGACUUCAGUGCUAUUUCAGUCUUCAGCCAUAGCCGUUAGUCAUUGUAAUACACAUUAUAGGAAAGUAUGGGCAUUAUAGAUGCUUAUAGGGCGUUAUAGAUGCAAGCUUCAAAGAAAGUGUUGCCAGAGAAGUUAUAGACUUGUGUUACACUAAUUCUUGUCCUAGCCUUAAAACUACAGACAGCCUUGUGGUAAAGAUUCAUCACCUGCCUUUGUUUGAUUUGUUUUGACCGAACCUCAUUUGAAGCAAAACGACAUCUUUGCCAAAGAAUCUUUUACUUCAUCAUGUUUGCCACCACCGAUUUUUAAAGGCUUUUAGUUUUGAUUAAAACGUGCUAAAUGUCUUAUUUAAUUCUUUGAUUUAUUUAUUUAUUAUAUAUACAUGGUCUCAUGUAAUAACACUGUUUUCUCUUAUUGUAGAAUUAAAUUAUCCAGCUGAUGGGCGUAGUGCAUUCACAUGGUAACUGCCACCCUAGAGGGGAAACUGCAAACAUUCAUUUUUGUGGUUUUUCCGGGCAUCAAUUUAUAUCUGAUGGACUCAAUCUGCAACCUUUGUAAUCUAUCCUAGUGUUACUUCCUGCUCUUGCACACAUGUAAACAAUCAGCCAAUAAAAAAUAUUAAGGUCAG